AAACUCUAAAGAAGUCCAAGAUAAUAGACUUGAUCUGGAUCGUCUUCAGCAAUUUGUCUUGGAACUGUAAAUAACUGUACAAGUAUUACAACGAGAAGGACGGAGUUUGUCUAAUUCUGUGCUUUUCUUAACCCCCCAAGCUUGCUUGUUGAACGAGCCAAUAGGAAAUAUCCGAUGACUGAGAUACCUGGUUGCUGGUGAUGUCACAUAAUGCAGGAACCUGCUCCCCAUGUCUGAGCUGAUGAUACUAAACAAAAACAAGAUUGCCCUGUUACCUUAGCUUACCUAGUCCGCUUAUUCCUCAUAAAUUAUCCCCUCCCUUCGUUUGCUCGCUCCCGUCUUGGCUCUGUAUUCUCACGCUACUCUUCGAAAGCCAAGACUUGAGAGAUAUCCAUCAUGGUGAGAGCAGCAUUCUUGGGCUUGUUGCCCGCCGUUAUGGCCAUCCCGGCAGCCGUUCCCGGUCCCGCACCAACGGUUUAUCGUAGAGAGGCAAUUCCAGCUGCUCAGCCUACGCAGGUUAUGGACCUCGAGCGACGCGACAUCAUUGGCGAUGUGGAGACGUAUGUCGGCAGUCUUGUUAGUGGUGUUGAGACAAAGAUCAAGGGAUGGGUCAAUUCAGGCAUUCUCGACUUUCCAACUGGUUUCCCUACAGGCGAUGCUGUUAAGAAGUCAGCAGGCGUCGACGACGAUGAUUUGAAGGCGGAGCCGACACAGGUUCUAAAUAUUCCCCCAUACGGCAAUUGGACCAACAAGGGAUGGAACGUUCGAGUGCACGGCAAUGUUUACAAGAUCCCCAACCUGAGCCAGGAGAAAGUCGACGACCUCGCCAAUGUCUUCCUUAUCGAUACGAGUGUUGACAAACUGUCAAAGUCUCAGCAAGCUCAGGCUCGAAAUGUGACAAAGUCCAUCUUUGUGGUGCAACAGGACAAUGUUGAGGUCAAGAUAAACUUUGUGAACAAUGUUGAUGUGUCUCCUGAUGAGAGCGGUGGUGCAAUUGAUGCGAGGGGAGGUUCGCAAAACAUUACCAUGCCAUAUAACACAACUCUUGAGGGCGACUUUGACGCUUUCGUCGUGCUUAAGAACACCACUGGCCCCAACAAUGGCUAUUUGAUCCCCGGUAACGAAACUUCGAAGAUCCAGACCCUCAAUGUUUAUGCUGAGGGUAAGAACAACAGCGGAAACGCAACCGCUUACCUCGUACCACCCAAGGGUAUCACGAUUGUCUCCGACAUCGACGAUAUUCUGCGAGUGACAAAGAUUUACGAGCCAAAGGAGGGUCUUCUCAACACCUUUGCUCGACCUUUCACUCCAUGGAUGAACAUGCCCGACAUUUACGCCAACUGGUCGUCUUCAGUGAAGGAUUUGCACUUCCACUAUCUCACUACGACACCUGAGCAGGCCACUCGUAACUACAUGAGCUUCAUCUACAACACUUACCCACUGGGCUCAUUCGAUACCCGUCCACUGAACUUCUCAGACGGCUCAGCGACACUGUCCAUCCGUCGCUUCUUGCUCGACAAGGUCUUCCAGACCUUCCCUGAUCGCAAGUUCAUCCUCGUCGCCGACACGAGCAACUCAGACGUAAUGAAGGACUACCCAGCGAUGUACAAGGACUAUCCCGGCCAAGUGCAGUGUAUCCUCCUGCGCAACACCAGCUCCACCGACAGCGGUGACAAGUUCCCGUACAACACAAAGGGCUUCAAGGAUAUUCCCCAGAAGAACUACAUGUUCUUCCACGUGCCUGACGAUAUCGCAAAGAUUGACAUUGCCAAUGGGGGAUGCUACAACAGCUCUAUCAAGCAGAAUGUGACUUUUGACUACCAAGGCCUUCCCUUUGGUUUGAGCGAUGACGAUAAUGCCGCUGCGGGUGUUACACCUAGGUUAGGAAUGGUUGUUGCAGGAUUAAUUGCUGCUGGUUUGGCGAUGAUGGCUUAGUUGGAUUAGAGGGCGUUAUUCCGGGGUAUCAUAGAUUCAGACUGUAGCAUAGGUAGUUACGAGCAUAAUGAUUACGUUGAGUUACUCACGAUAGACCUCACUCCUGUCCCCAGACGCUGUAAUCGAAGAAGAUCUCUGGUUCCA